CGUUUCUCCGCUUGGUAACUCAUUCAAUGUGAAGGUCCUGGCAAGUACUGUCUGCAACCAAGAGCCCAGCGUGUGAAUUUGCGACUGAAAAUGAGUCACUUUUUUUCACUCUUUAUGCUUUUGGGAGGCCUGUGUAUCUGUGCAAAGGUCGAAGCUCAUAUAGAUAUCAUUGUUUCUGCCUGCAAGACCAAUGACACUGAUCCUGAGGAUAUGCUGGAGCUGGAUGGAGAUGAGAUGCUUUAUUUUGAUUUUAAAAAGAAUGAUAUGGUGUACACAAUGCCGGAGUUUGUUGGCCAGUUGACCUAUCCAACCUGGGCUCAGGGGGCACAGGCAGAUCAUCAGGUUUGCUUAAGCGACUUGAAAGUGGUUACUGAAGCCGAAAGCAGCCCUCCUGAGCAGAUAGAUGCACCCCAGCUCACAAUAUAUACGAGAAAUGAAGUUGAACUCGGUAGAAGCAACAUUCUGAUCUGCUCUGUGAAUAACUUCCACCCCCCACCUGUCAAAGUGAAAUGGACUAAAAAUAACGUGGAGGUGAAGGAGGGAGUGACCCUGAGCCGCUACUACCCCAACAGUGAUGCCACCUUCAGACAGUACUCCACCCUCCCCUUCACCCCCCAGAAAGGGGAUGACUACUCCUGCACUGUGUAUCACAAAGGGCUGACUGAGCCUGAGACCAGGUUCUGGGAACCAGAAUUUCAGGAUGAGUCUGACAUCGGAGAAACAGUAUAUUGCGGAAUCGGACUGACUCUGGGGCUGCUGGGAGUGGGAGCCGGAACCUUCUUCCUCGUCAAGGGAAACAACUGCAGCUGAGAAGGACAUUCAGGGUUAAGCAGUAACAGCUCUGAUUGGUCCAGUUAACAUGCUGACCUGUGUAAUUCAUUCUGACUUAACAUCCAAUCAGAUAGAAGGGUGGUUCGGGAAGUAGGCUGUGUAAUGUAGUGUGACGAAAGUAAUAUCUGUA